GAGAGAGAAAAGCGCUUCAGUAGCGAGAGGGGCCGAGAAAGUGGUGACACCGCUGGGGUGCAGAGGGAGUCCCUGAAACUUCUCCCAACAGCCCCAGGGCCAAUCUCCCCUCAGCCCACUCCCCCCUUCGCCAGCUCCCAGGUCCCCACUCCCUGCACCGGGGGUGGGGUGGGGAGCCAGGGCCGUCUCCCGCUGGGACACACACAGGGGCCGGGAGCGGGGACGGGACCCCCGAGGUAGGGGGGACGGACCGACAAACAGACGGCCGGGAGCCCGGCCCAGCGGGCAGGCAGGCAGGAGGAGGCGGAGGCGGGGGUACGACGGGGAGGACUGGGUCUGGGGAGUUUCCUCUUAACUAUCGGGGGAGAAACUCCCCGCAGCCGGAGGAAAGACCCAGACGGUGUUUUCCUCCCGGGGGCCGCGCUCCCCGCCCCGCGUAGCGGCGGUCGCCGCCACCGGCGCCGACACCUACCGUCUUCCUCCACCACCUCGGGCCCCGGUGUCCCCGGCCAGCACUAUGCCCAUCUUACUGUUCCUGAUAGACACGUCUGCCUCUAUGAACCAGCGCAGCCAUCUGGGCACCACCUACCUGGACACGGCCAAAGGCGCGGUAGAGACCUUCAUGAAGCUCCGUGCCCGGGAUCCCGCCAGCAGAGGAGACAGGUACAUGCUGGUCACUUUCGAAGAGCCGCCCUAUGCUAUCAAGGCUGGAUGGAAAGAAAACCAUGCAACGUUUAUGAAUGAACUGAAAAACCUUCAGGCUGAAGGACUUACGACUCUUGGCCAAUCCCUAAGGACAGCUUUUGAUUUAUUAAAUUUAAAUAGAUUAGUAACUGGCAUAGACAACUAUGGGCAGGGAAGAAACCCUUUUUUCUUGGAGCCAGCAAUAAUUAUUACAAUUACUGAUGGGAGCAAGUUGACUACUACUAGUGGAGUCCAGGAUGAGCUCCAUUUACCUCUUAAUUCUCCUUUACCUGGAAGUGAAUUGACCAAGGAACCUUUCCGUUGGGAUCAGAGACUCUUCGCAUUAGUGCUGCGGUUGCCUGGCACCAUGUCAGUAGAAUCAGAACCGCUGACAGGGGUACCCUUAGAUGACUCUGCAAUCACACCCAUGUGCGAGGUAACAGGAGGCCGUUCAUAUUCAGUAUGUUCUCCAAGAAUGCUUAAUCAGUGUCUGGAGUCCUUGGUGCAGAAGGUGCAAAGUGGGGUGGUAAUAAACUUUGAAAAAGCAGGACCAGACCCUUCUCCGGUAGAAGAUGGCCAGCCAGAUGUGUCAAGGCCUUUUGGAUCUCAGCCUUGGCAUAGUUGUCACAAGCUCAUAUAUGUCAGACCAAAUCCUAAAACUGGGGUUCCUAUAGGUCAUUGGCCUGUUCCAGAAUCUUUUUGGCCGGAUCAGAAUUCUCCAACACUACCACCUCGUACAUCUCAUCCGGUAGUGAAGUUUUCCUGUACAGACUGUGAACCAAUGGUUAUUGACAAAUUGCCUUUUGACAAAUAUGAGUUGGAACCUUCACCGCUGACUCAGUUUAUCCUGGAAAGGAAAUCUCCUCAGACAUGUUGGCAGGUAUAUGUGAGCAAUAGUGCAAAAUAUAGUGAACUCGGUCAUCCUUUCGGUUACUUGAAAGCCAGUACAGCACUGAACUGUGUCAACUUAUUUGUGAUGCCUUACAAUUAUCCAGUCCUCCUUCCCCUUUUAGAUGACUUGUUUAAAGUACAUAAAGCAAAACCAACAUUGAAAUGGAGACAGUCGUUUGAAAGUUACCUGAAAACAAUGCCUCCCUACUAUCUUGGGCCCUUGAAGAAAGCUGUUAGAAUGAUGGGAGCACCUAACCUAAUAGCAGACAGUAUGGAAUAUGGACUUAGUUACAGUGUCAUUUCAUACCUCAAAAAAUUGAGUCAACAGGCCAAAAUAGAAUCUGAUCGAGUUAUCGGAUCUGUAGGCAAAAAAGUAGUACAGGAAACCGGCAUUAAAGUCCGAAGCCGAUCACACGGCGUAUCAACGGCAUGUAGGAAAGAUUUUCAGCAGUUGCUCCAGGGAAUUUCAGAGGAUGUUCCUCCCAGACUGCUAGACCUUAAUAUGAAGGAGUACACUGGGUUCCAGGUGGCUCUGCUAAAUAAGGAUUUGAAACCACAGACAUUUAGAAAUGCUUAUGACAUACCAAGACGGAAUCUUCUGGAUCACUUAACAAGAAUGAGGUCCAAUCUUUUGAAGAGCACCCGCAAAUUUCUUAAAGGACAGGAUGAAGAUCAAGUGCACAGUGUUCCUAUAGCACAAAUGGGAAAUUACCAGGAAUACCUCAAGCAAGUACCUUCUCCUCUAAGAGAACUUGAUCCUGACCAGCCUCGAAGGCUGCAUACAUUUGGUAACCCUUUUAAGCUGGAUAAAAAGGGUAUGAUGAUAGAUGAAGCAGAUGAAUUUGUGGCUGGACCUCAAAAUAAACAUAAACGACCUGGAGAACCAAAUAUGCAAGGGAUCCCCAAAAGACGCCGGUGUAUGUCUCCAUUACUGCGAGGCAGACAACAGAACCCUGUUGUGAAUAAUCAUAUUGGAGGAAAAGGACCACCUGUACCUAUGACUCAAGCACAGUCAGAUCUUAUUAAACCCCUUCCUCUUCAUAAAAUUUCAGAAACCACUAAUGAUUUGGCAAUAGAUGAUGUGGUUGAAAAUCAUGUUGCAGACCAACUUCCGUUGGACAUUACACCAAAUGCUAUGGAUACUGAAUUUUCAACAUCAUCUUCUCCAGCCAAUUUACUGGAACGACCAACCAAUCAUACAGAGGCUCUGAGUCAUGACCAUUUAGGAGCUAAUGACCUAACUGUUGGUGGAUUUUUAGAAAAUCAUGAGGAGCCAAGAGAUAAAGAACAAUGUGCUGAAGAGAAUAUACCAGCAUCUUCACUCAACAAAGGAAAGAAAUUGGUGCAUUGCAGAAGCCAUGAAGAAGUCAACACUGAACUAAAAGCACAAAUAAUGAAAGAGAUCCGAAAACCAGGAAGAAAAUAUGAAAGAAUCUUCACUUUACUGAAGCAUGUGCAAGGCAGUUUACAAACAAGACUAAUAUUUUUACAAAAUGUCAUCAAAGAAGCAUCAAGGUUUAAAAAACGAAUGCUAAUAGAACAACUGGAGAACUUUUUGGAUGAAAUUCAUCGAAGAGCCAAUCAGAUCAACCAUAUUAAUAGCAAUUAAAAGGAAAUAAAAUUUGGCCACUUAUUUCACUCUCUUCUCCAAAUACAAACAAAGUAAAUACCAGAUGAUCGUGAUCUUGCAUUCAUUUUUUGACAUGCAUUGUUGGUUAUUUGAAAUACAAAAAACAAGUCUACAGAUCCUUUUUCCAUCAUUUUACAGUGACCUUUUCUUCAUUUUGGUUUAUUUUUGUAAUGUGAAAAGUAUCACUCUAAAAAAAAAACAAAACAUUUUUAUUUAACAAACUAAAAAUAUUUCUCCAAAUCUCUUGCUUGUCAUUGACUCUUGCGUGUCAAUUUCCCUCAGGUUCUAUUUUCUUAAACCAACCUUUAAAAUUGUCACCUCUGUUAAGGUUGAACUUUGCCAAAAAAAAAAAAAAAAAAAAAGUUACUUUGUAAUUUUUGGGGAAAAAAGCACAUACCUUCAAACUAGGUAAUGUUUUGUAUAUACAGUUAUUUUGGAUAUAUUAUUGUAAGUUGUACAAAUGUAUUUUGAAGAAUAUUUAAGAAAAGCACUUUUGUUAUUCCAUCAAUAAAUGCUCUAUUUUACUCUUGUGUGGUUUAGGAAAUAAUCACAUUUAAAGUAAUCAUUUGAAAAAAAAAUUAAUGGAAUCUUAAAGGCCUUGCUUUUUAUCAUUGGAAAGACACACCACUUGGAAGUUCCUAUUUGUUAAACGUAACUGUAAUUAUGUGUUAGAUAAUCUGCAUUGUCUUUUUACUCUGUGUUCUUAGUUUUUGUUGUCCACACCAACGUACUCCCAUUUUUUGUCUAGAUAAUGGAAGCGACUGUAUCCGUGGCACACAGGCAGACACUUACAAAGCUGUUUCAAAAGCAGACUUUGGACAUUAUUGGUUUCCUUACUUCCCUUCAACCCUUUUCCCCUUCUCACUAAGUUUGUGGAUGGCAUUACAUUGAAGCUGUUAGGGAGUGGUAAGUGUGGGAUUACAGCAUAGACUCUGCAAUGUCUAGCCUUUAGCACUUGAUGCCGUGCUUACACAAGGCCCACAAUAUAUUGGGGGUCCAACAAAGGGGGGAUCUCUUUGUUUUGCUCGGCUGUUCUCAUACUUAAAUUCUCAAUUUUAUUUAGAAGAUAAAUGGAAAGGACACACAUUUAAGAUGACCUUGCUUAUGAUCACUUUGCAUUCCCCCUGAGUUACACAGGAUAAGGAAAAAUCCAUACUAUUCAUUCCCCACACUCAGUUGAACAUGGCCUUGUGUUUCUUUACUGAGGAAGUGAUCCUAUGACCUGACUCACUCAUUACUCAUAGAUCACUGCUGUGCCUUACAGUGUUUUUUGGAGUUAACUAGUAGAAAAGAAGGUUUAAUUACAUUUGGAUUAAAAGAGAGUGAAAUAAACUUACAAUACAAUUGAAGUAUUUUUGCACUCAUAAUAUUUGAAAAUUACAUACCCUCAUCUUUUUGCACUUAAGCAGAACAUUUUUUUAAAGUUCAAGGGUAUAGCAAAGUGAAACUAACUUUUGAUGAAGAAAAGCAUAGAUGAACGUGAAGGCACGCUGGAGACCUGUUAAUUCAAUCUAGGGGGUUUGAAACUCUCCCAAUACUGAAGACAAACCCUGUCAAGAAAAAGAAGAAUUUAAUGUAGCAUUAUAUAGUAUUUUCAUAUGCAAUUCUUUAAAUUCUUUUUAUAUCUACAGAAUACUUUUUUAGGUAAAGCAGGAUAUCAUUUAAAAGGUGGAGUUGUUAAAGUAAUUGCCUGCAGUUACAUUGCUAAAUUCAGCAAGAGCUAAACAAAUCCAGAUAUAUUGUCUGAUCUUAAAUUAUAUAUACUUAGAUUCUGAGAUUAAUAAAAGGGAUUAGAAAUCAUUUGGAUACAAACUCAUACUUAAGAAUAUGUAGGAAAGAGAAUCUAUUCCAGUAUUUUAGCUGCUUUCCUUAUCAGAAAAUUCUUAUUUCCAUUUGACAGCUUGUUUAUGAGUUAAUAAUCCUUUAGCCCUUUGACGUUUUAAUAUCUUGGGGGAGAUGAACCCUGGAAGAAGUUGGGAAGCAGCCAUUUGUCAAGUUUCCUCUUUUUUUGUCCUUUUUCUGUCUGCCAGCAUAGUUUUUACACUCAUCAAGAUCCAUCUAAACUAAAACUUAACUGCUCCAUCUUUCUCAGGCUUGUUGCAUUUUAGGAGACUAUGAGCGUGUUAACUACAGUAGUGAAGUACUUACUGUAGAAUUCUACUUGUAAGCAAAGGGGAAGAAAGAUAUAUUUUGGUUUUAUCACAUCUUUUAGGCCCUUUAGAUCACUGAAUGGCUUUAGGCUGGGUAAAUGAUAUUCUUUGAAUGUUUAAUCUCAAUGUUGAGAUCCUUUUUUUAAUGUUCCCUUAUGUGUCUCAUCUGUGAGUUGCAGGAGUCAUUAGUUGCCUUUAUCAAUAAGAUUUGUCAGUUUGGUGUGCUAAAGAUUCAGUACUCUGUCACCAGAAGAGGAGUCACUGUCUUGUGUGAUAUGGGCAAAUGCCUCCCAAAAAGAGAAGGAAACAAAUUCACAAGGGCUUCAGAAUGUGUAGACUGUGGAACUGGUUUUGGAUUAGCCUUGUAUCCUCAUCCUGAUGGCUAAGGCCGUUCUGAAAACUCACACCAUUGAAAACAGUGGUCUGUCUUUUCCUAGACCCAGGGGUUUGACAUCGUUUUUAUGCAACUGAAUUCCAAAAAAGAAUCUUUCUCUUUUAACUGUCAUCAACCCUUUUAGGUUAUCAGCUUUUAGCAAUGACCUUUCUAUUCAAAUUUAGCCUUGUCUUUUUUUCUUGAGGGAGUAGAACCUGUCAUUUUUUCAUCUUUGAUAUUUUUGGCAUCCUUUCUAAGAGCUCUCUGCUUCCUGUUCUGAGGGAUAAAUGAAAUUUUCACCUAAUCAAUGUGGGAUUGGGAUGGUUGAUCGUGGUGAAAGACUAGGAGGAUAUAUUCUGGAGAAUGAACUUCUCUCCCCAUUUACUUUCUAAUGAACGAUUAGCCUCAUCCUUUUUGCCACAAAAGUGUUACUUUGAUUUCUAGCACAAGUUAUAGCAGUAUGCAAAUGAUUCCCAGAUAAAACAAUGUUGACAGUAUUUCCUUAACGAUUUGUAUAAAGCUGAUGCAUAAUUUUCAUUAUUCUAACUUUUGACAUUUUUUUCUCUCCAUUAAUAAAAAUAAUGCCUGAUGCUUAGUUAAAAGAGAUCCACCUUUGCGUGAUUUUACUAGUGUUAUUCCAUCCUAUUUCUUUUUAAUACAUUAUUUAGACUUGCCAACAACUCUUUACUGAGAAUCCUUCUUUCUUCCUAGGCUGAUAAAUAAGUGCCAGAGGGGUAAGGGAACAUUAAGCAAACUAAGCUUGAAAGAGAAAUACUUGAACACUUUGUUCAGCGCUCUUGAAUCUUACAGGACUUGUGCUUGUCAUUCUGAUGUACUGCAGCUUUGUCGGUACUGUACCAUUUUGGAAUUAAGCUGAGGUUGUAUAGUAGGACUUAAAAGUACUAGGGCAGACAUUUUAUUUUUGUAUAAUUUCAGCAAACUUGAGAAAUACUGGGUCAACUCAACUUUUCAACGGAAAAACUAUAGAAAUCCGGGUGCGUUUACUAGAAUGCUAGAAUCACUGAGAGACGCUAGAGGACUACGCUCAUCUUCUAGUGGCCUGAAGAAACCACCUUCUUUCCUAAAAUGAUGAGGAAGCUAGAUUCCAAGUGAAAAAAUAGGCAAGGUUUGUCAGUUUUACUUUGAUAAUUUUUCUAAGUCUCUCCAGAAGUAGAAACUGAGUCUUUUUUAAUCUACAUCAACUACAAAUGAGUUGAAAGAAAGAGCAGGCAAAACACAUUGAGGAUAAUAGUUUUCUUUCUAGGUAUGAAAUAUUCCCCUUUCUCAGGAUACAAGACCCUGCAACUGGGAAGUUUCUGAAGCACCAGAGAAACUAGCUAUAGCUAGAAAGAAUGCUUGUAUAUAGGCUAUCGUGGACAAAUGAGCCCUUGUUGCUAGAGAGAUGCUAAUAAAUAAUUUAUAUUAAUCCUAUAAAAAUAAGACUGUA